AUGUUUGUGGCGUGCAUCAUAACAGUGGACCAUAAGGAUCUCAUCCAUGAUGUCUCUUUUGACUUCCGCGGGCGGCACAUGGAGACCUGUUCCAGCGAUCAGAGCGUCAAGGUCUGGGAUAAAAGUAAAAGUGGGGAAUGGCAUGGUACUGCUUGUUGGAAGACGCAUAGUGGAUCUGUGUGGCCUAUGACAUGGGCCCAUCCUGAGUUUGGACAGGUUUUGACUUCCUGUUCGUUUGACAAAACAGCUGCUGUAUGGGAAGAAAUAGUAGGAGAAUCAAAUGAUAAACUUCGAGGACAAAGUCAUUGGGUUAAGAGGACAACUCUAGUGGAUAGCAGAACAUCAGUUACUGAUGUGAAAUUUGGUCCCAGGCAUAUGGGUCUGAUGUUAGCCGCCUGUUCAGCAGAUGGGAUAGUACGAAUCUAUGAGGCACUGAAUGUCAUGAAUCUCAGCCAGUGGUCUCUGCAGCAUGAGAUCUCAUGUAAGCUAAGCUGCAGUUGUAUUUCUUGGAACCCUUCAAGCUCUCAUGCUCAUUCCUCUAUGAUAGCCUUAGGAAGUGAUGAUAGUAGUCCAAAUGCAUGUCAAGUUCAGAUCUUUGAAUAUAAUGAAAACACUCGGAAAUAUGCAAAAGCUGAGACCCUCAUGACAGUCACUGACCCUGUUCAUGACAUCGCAUUUGCUCCAAACUUGGGCAGAUCUUUCCAUAUUCUAGCCCUAGCAUCCAAAGAUGUGAAGAUUUUCACACUGAAGCCUGUAAGGAAAGAACUUACUUCCUCUGGUGGGCCAAAAAAAUUUGAAAUCCAUAUAGUGGUGCAGUUUGAUCAUCAUAAUUCUCAGAUGUGGCGAGUCAGUUGGAAUAUAACAGGAACAUCUUCAGGAGAUGAUGGUUGUGUGAGAUUGUGGAAAGCUAAGUAUAUGGACAAUUGGAAAUGUACUGGGGUGUGUGAGUGUAAUGGGAGCCCUGUCAAUGGGCAUUCUCAGCAGGAAAACUCAAAUCCUUCCCUAGGUUCAAAUACCCCAAAUCGUCAAAAUUCAUUAAAUGGAUCUUCUGCUGGCAGAAAGCACAGCUGAGUACAAGCUAACUGGAGUAACUUUGCUGUUUUGCUGCUUGUCGCAUGAACACAGGAAUGGAAAGUGAGCUCCUUUUCCCCUUCCCAGCACCAGUUGACCUCUCCCAAGAUACACCAGCAGCCUGCUUACUACUAAAUACAGUCCAAAAGGCCUUU